AUGAAAGGAAUCAGCAAUUUCAAGACACCAAACAAACUAUCUGAGAAAAGGAACUCCGUAUUAGGUUCAACUCCGCAUGUAAAUAUCCCUGCCUCUCCAUUUAUGCAGAAGCUUGGCUUUGGGACUGGGGUCAAUGUUUACCUAAUGAAAAGAUCUCCAAGAGGUAUGUCUCAUUCUCCUUGGGCUGUGAAAAAAAUAAAUCCUAUAUGUAAUGAUCAUUAUCGAACUAUAUAUCAGAAAGGACUAACUGAUGAAGCAAAGAUUUUAAAAAACCUUAAUCAUCCAAACAUUAUAGGUUAUCGAGCUUUUACUGAAGCCAGUGAUGGUAGUCUGUGCCUUGCUAUGGAGUACGGAGGUGAAAAGUCUCUGGGUGACUUAACAGAAGAGCGAAACAAGGACAGCAGCAAACCCUUUCCAGCAGCUGUAAUUUUAAAGGUUGCUCUGAGCAUGGCAAGAGGGCUGAAGUAUCUGCACCAAGAAAAGAAGCUGCUUCAUGGAGACAUAAAGUCUUCAAAUGUUGUAAUUAAAGGUGAUUUUGAAACAGUUACAAUUUGUGAUGUAGGAGCCUCUCUACCACUGGAUGAAACUAUGACUGUGACUGAUCCUGAGGCCUAUUAUAUUGGUACUGAGCCAUGGAAGCCUAAGGAAGCUUUGGAAGAAGAUGGGAUUAUUACUGAUAAGGCAGACGUAUUUGCCUUUGGCCUUACUCUAUGGGAAAUGAUGACUUUAUGUAUUCCACACAUUAACCUUCCAGAUGAUGAUGAUGAUGAUGAAGGGGCAGAUACGACUUUUGAUGAAAGUAACUUUGAUGAUGAGGCGUACUAUGCAGCUCUGGGAACCAGGCCACCUGUCAACAUGGAAGAGCUCGAUGAGUCCCACCAGAGAGUGACCGAACUCUUCUCUGUGUGCACUAAUGAAGACCCCAAGGACCGCCUUUCAGCUGCACACAUUGUUGAAGCUCUGGAACUCGAAGUUCAGUGA